AUGUCUCCAGCAACAGCACAAAUAUCAACCCUCUUCAAAGUCAUUAUCGUUGGAGGUGGUAUCGCUGGACUCACUCUGGCGCUCAUGCUAGAGAGAAAUAGGAUUGAAUAUCUUCUUAUAGAAGCAUACCCCGAAAUCUCUUCGCCCGUCGGUGGUGGCGUCGGGUUGACGCCAAAUGGCCUCCGGAUUCUUGAUCAACUGGGCUGCUACGAGACCUUAUUGAAGCUAUCCGAAAAUCCAGUUGAUAAGGCCUACUAUCAUGGACCGGAUGAACAAGUACUGCGGUCGAUAGAAGAUUUACAUAGGUUGUCCUGUGAGAGGCACGGAUAUCCUGUUAUAUUUGUCGAUCGAGCAAUGCUCGUUCACGUACUGUUUGAUCACCUUAGGGAUAAAUCCAAGGUUUUGACGCGAAAACGGGUUACAACCGUAAUCAAGGCCGACCACGAGGCUCAAGUAAUUACACAGGACGGGUCGACAUACAGUGCGGAUAUUGUUGUGGGGACUGAUGGAGUCCACUCGGUUAUCAGACAAGAGAUAAAGCGCCAUGCGCAUGAAGCUGGCGUUGGACAUAUCUAUCUAGAGGACGACAAGAUACCGGCAACUUAUGCGUGCAUUUUUGGCAUGUCGACUGCUGUCCCUGGAAUCGCUAGUGACAGCGUACAUUACACCUUUCGUGAGAAAUCCUCAUAUGUCAUUGGCGCCGGCCCUAAAGACCGAACAUACUGGUUUCUUAAUGUCCAUAUGGACCAGACAUUUUAUGGCACUGGAAUACCUAAAUUCACGAGAAAGGAUGAAGCAAAGGUGGUUCAACAACACUGGAAUGACCAUAUCGCACCAGGUGUUCGCUUCGCGGAUCUUUAUCACCGUAAACUGACUUCACUUUAUACCCCGCUACGAGAGUACGUGCACAGCAAAUGGUAUUUUGGAAGAAUGUUAACCAUUGGAGAUGCGAGCCACCAAAUCUUACCAAUUGCUGGUCAAGGAGCCAAUUCCGCCAUUGAAAGUGCGGCUUCGUUGAUGAAUUGCUUGUUCAAAGCCUUAUCGUCUCCGCUUACUCCCGGGCGACCAUCUUCAAUGGAGCUCGGUUUGGUCUUUGAGGCAGUGCAACAGCAGCGCAUCCCAAGAGUUCAGUGGCUUCUCGAAAAUGCUAACCAACGACAGCAACUAGAGGCGAUGGAAACUCCAGAGCACAAGGAGGCGGCAACGAACCAAAUCCCUAAUUUAACAUUUGACCAUAUCUUUAGCAAAUGGCAAAGCACAUAUGCAUCUGCUGUUUCUCUGCAAAUGGUCGAUAUGCCCAGCAAACCGAGGACGUGCCUUUUCCAGGAUGAAAUGCAUUCAGCAAAAUCUACUGGUCAAAAUAGGGCCAAUCUAUAG